AUGGCACCCAUACCAGUAAUGAUUCGCGAAGCAGCUUGCUUUGAGCACCAGUACGGCGUAUACUGGACAUACUACGGCGCGUACACGAAGAUAGCGACAACUGACACGCACACUAGCUACAGCAAGCUGGCAAACAUCACUCACGAGCUCCAAGAGCGGCCCUUUUUACCCGUGGUCAUGGCCAGCGUUCUUUUUGCGAUCAUCGUGGUGGGCAUCGUCGCCCUCUUUUGCUUCUGGGAAAGACACAGGUAUCCGCGGCAAACUGCAUCUCCCGAGGAUAAGAUGAAGACGGAGGACGCUGAGUAUUUGGAUACGGUUGAGGAACCCCGCUCAGAUGGGUGGAUGUGUUUCAUUCUGGCCUGCCAUGCUGCCAUUACCCUCGGUGGUGUCUGA